CCGAGCUGUCCGAGAAGUGAAUUCAUUAUGAGUUACUAUUUGUUUUUCUCUCUAUUAAUUGUGGUUUGCGAGGCGGGCAUAAUACCAAAGGAGGAUUACUCGCACCAUGCGGUUUAUCACGGCUAUGGCGCUACCAGUUAUCAAAAUGUGCAGUUUAAUAAUCACGAUGCUAUAGAGUUACCCGCAAAUUAUGGAGAUCCCGCAGAAAUUCAGGAGACUGAUGUGGAGCACCAUCAUGAGAGAAUCAUUCCAAUUGUGGAAUCAGACAAUGAUGUAGAUCACAUCAUGUCCCAUUCCGCUCCAUAUGAAGAAUUUCCUAUUGAUGACGUCAAAUCUGACAUACUACUCGACCAUGAUCACUAUCUCGAUCAUGACCAUUAUGAAACAUCAUUAUAGUUCUAUAAAAAUAUC